AUGAAGGUUGCACUCUUUUUCUCCGCUCUCCUCUCUGCCCAAGUCUUGGCUAUUCCUGAGCCCGACAACACAGUCAUCAAGGACGGUGAAUACACUUACACCGGUAUCGAUAAGGGACUUCUGGCACUUCGCGGUCUCGAAACGCGUUGUAAUUGCUUUCCAGAGUGCCGUAGGCCAGGCUCAAACUGUGCCCCAGGCAAAUGCGAGUGUUCUGGGGACUAUGGUUGCUGGUCUUGCAGUGGUGGUCGCAUGCAGUGCCAGCCAGGACCUGGCUCAGGAGUAUGCUGGACUAAGUAA